AUGAUUCACCCGUUUGGGGAUGGAAAUGGCCGCAUGUCGAGAAUCAUUCUCAAUGCUCUUCUUCUCAAGUAUGCCGGUCACGCUGCGCCCUUUGGAGGCGAGGGCAACGACAAGGACAACUACUUGGCGAUUGUUCGCAGAGGCGGCGUUGUAUUUCACCGGGAAGACAUGGAGGUGGAUUUCAGCGAACAGACGUCUCAUUUUGAGUUUGCAGUUUGUGUUGACAAAGUCCAAGUCUUAGCUGGAGCAGAUGUGGGCUUGGGCGAGUCCUGA